AUGUCUACUGUCCCCGGCUUGAUGAUGACUCUAACAAUCGCAGCACGGCAUUACUCAUACGAAUGCAAGGCUUCGACACAGGAGAGGCCUUAUAUAUCACGGCCUUCUCGAACCCAGCAGCUGCUCAACCCAAAGCUGGUACCGAAGCUGACCAGUGAUGUGCCAGACGCGCUCCAAAAGACGAAAGGUCUGGCAGACGAGGAACUCGCCAAGAGGGAGGCUGAGAGGGCGAAGAAGCGGGAGCUAGAGCGCGAUGAGGACGACUUGGAUGAGGACCUACCGAAACGGAAAAGGUCCGCUUCCUUUGACUCCCAUCCAGGUCUCCUCAACCACCUGCUAGAAGAGGGAGACAAAGCCCGUCACCGGCUGGCCGUGCUCCGCGAGACCAGUCAUACGAUUCUGCUAGUGACUACGAUCGACAAGGUUCUCCGAGCCCUCCCAGACGCGCCAGGGAUGAUAGCCCGCCAGUCAGGUCAGGACGUCAAGCUGCUCGAGAUGAAUCUCCGGGGCGCGGUUCUGCGUACAGCCGACGUGGAAAGUACUCCCAAAGUCCAAGCCGAUCGCCACCACGGGAACCGCGCCGACGCAUCCGCUCAAGGUCGCCAGAGCGGCCUGGAAGGCGUGACCGCAGUCUCGUAG